AUGUUCUUUGGUUAUUCGGCUUGGUUUAGUUCUACAGUAGAUAAAGAACUACGCGAGCAUUGGGUUAGUGCAAAUGGCCAAGUAGCAAAAGAUGACGAAAUAAUUGACUUUUUUUUCAGCUGUGAUCUAGAAGAGACGGAUACUAAAAGAGUACUUCACCCAAGUUGGAUCACUGACUCUAUUGCAGAAAACAAACAUCAAUCAUAUGAUAACUACAUCCUUAAAAAUAUUAGUUUUAACGACAAAGAUGAUCAUAUCGUUGCGUCAUCCACACCUGAAAAAACCGAUCAAUAUUUCUUGCCACGUAAACGCGCGAGAAAAAUAAAUGAAUCACCCUAUUAUUCCAGAGAAUCAUCUUUUUCUAGAGAAUUAUCCUUUUCUAGUGAAUUACCCUUUUCUAGAGAAUCUCCCUCUUCUAGAGAGUCACCUUUUUCUAGAGAAUCGCCUUUUUCUAAAGAAUCACCGAACACUGGAGAAUCGUUGUAUACUGGGGAAUCGUUGAAUACCGGAGAAUCGUUGAAUGCCAGAGAAUCCUUGAAUAUUAGAGAAUCCUUGAAUACCAGAGAAUCGCAGAAUAAUGUUCUUGAUGAUUCAUCUAAUACUAGUCGUCCUCGUAAACUGCCGCCUUCUUUUAAUGUCAUCAAAAAAUCAAGAUCAGCAAUUCCGAUUGGAGUUGAAGACUAUGAUUAUUUUGUCGAAGAUUCGGAUGAUUCGGAAGAUUCUGGUCGCAAUAGAUCAACCGAAACAAAUUCAAUGGAAUAUCAUUGCGAAUGGCAAAGUUUUGACGCGUCUUUUCCUCAAAUCAGUGGAAGAACGAUUUCGCUAAAUAAAUUAUUGGACAAGGGGCAAAUAUUCACGAAUGAAAGUUUCAGAAGUGAAAUUAGUGAAACCAAUGAAACUACUAUUGGACGAGAACCGAUAGAAUCUAUACGUCUUUCACAUAUUUCUUCUAGAAGUCUUAUCGAAAAAUCAAUCAAAUAUAUUCAUUUAAAUAAUCCAAAUGGAGAAUUAUUGGAUGACGUCUGUGAAUUUAUCCCUGGACAAAAUGAUUUCACAGUAACAAGAAAUUCAACCGACAAAAUCCCUAUUUCCUCUGGUAGUGGUUUACGUUUAUCCCUUAAAUCAUAUAUGUAA